AUGGAAACAGGGAAAACACAAUGCGAGGCCGCUUGGCGCAAUGGUAGCGCGUCUGACUACGACUUGGUGCUGGAGCUCAUGUGAGCUCGAGACAGAACAUCGUCAUCAGGAGGUCGCAGGUUCGACCCCUGCAGUGGUCAAUUUGAUUUUGUUUUUGUUUCGGUGCUUUCGCUGGUCAUUUUGAUUUUGUUCGUCUUUCGGUGCUUUCGCUGGUCAUUUUGAUUUGGUCUGUUUUUUUUUUCGGUGCUUUGACGACGCGCUUUUGUUGUCGUUCUUCCUUUGGUCUGCGAAUGGCUGGCUGGGAAUACAAGCAAGAAUGUUCAGAGUUGAUGGAAAGAAAGAAAGCUUGCGCGUGUCGAGUGCAGAGGUUGUGUGUAGUAGCCGCCCGCGCGAUGGCGCAGAUGUGUAAAUGUAACGCCGCCGUCGAGGAUCGCGUGAUGGCGCGCAGAUGUGUAGGUAAAUACCCUGUACCUACCGCCGCCGCCGCCGCCGCCGUUGAGGAUAGCGAGCGUUCUGGCGGGCGUGCGCGUGCGCGUGCGCGUGGAGCAUCUCUGCGCGAACGCUUGCUGCUGCUUGCAGCUACAUAAUAGAUAGCCAUCCUGAUGCGUACGUAAGUCGUGGUCUUUGACUUUGAUUCUUCUCAUUCCCGCACCUGGCUCACGUCCGCACCAGCUCGAUCGACUCUGCAUGUGCUGGUCCUUCUGAACCGUGGGCUUGGGUCCGGAACUCCGCCCCUCCAACAUGA